UCCUACAUACAUAGGAUAUAAUUUCAGGUCACUAAAGAAUUCAAGCCUCACUCCUUUACUGAAAUUCACUUAUUCAGCUCCCGAUUUUAUACUACUAAAUCAGAAACAAUGACAUCUUUUUCUUGCUCUUCAAAUGUUUCUGUCACUCUCCUAAUCUCUGUUUGUGUUAGUGCUUCGAUAAUUGCAUCUGCUGGCAACUUUUACCAAGACUUUGAUAUUACAUGGGGAGAUGGUCGUGCUCAGAUACUCAACAAUGGGGAACUUCUUACCCUUUCCCUUGAUAAAGCCUCAGGGUCAGGUUUCCAAUCUAAAAAUGAGUUUUUGUUUGGGAAGAUAGGUAUGCAACUCAAGCUUGUCCCUGGAAAUUCUGCAGGCACUGUCACCGCAUAUUACUUGCGCUCUGAGGGGUCUGCCUGGGAUGAAAUAGACUUUGAAUUCUUAGGCAAUUUAAGCGGUGAUCCUUACAUUCUUCACACAAAUGUAUUCAGCCUAGGCAAAGGUGACAGAGAGCAACAGUUCUACCUCUGGUUUGAUCCUACGGCUGAUUUUCACACCUAUUCUAUCCUCUGGAAUCCCCAACGCAUCAUCUUCUCUGUAGAUGGCACUCCCAUCAGAGAGUUCAAGAACUUGGAAUCAAUGGGUGUCCCAUUCCCAAAGAACCAGCCCAUGAGGAUACAAUCCAGUCUCUGGAACGCCGAUGACUGGGCUACAAGAGGUGGUCUAGUCAAGACUGAUUGGAGCCAAGCUCCCUUCACUGCCACCUAUAGAAACUUCAGUGCUGAUGCUUGCAUCCGGUCUUCAGGACAAUCAUCAGUUUGCAAUUCAAAUUCUCCUGCAGCAAACAAUAACAAUGCUUGGCUCUCGGAAGAACUGGACUCCACCGCCCAAGAGAGGCUCAAGUGGGUGCAGAAGAAUUACAUGAUCUACAAUUACUGCUCAGACACAAAGCGAUUUCCCCAAGGCCUCCCACCAGAAUGUGCUGCCAAUAACACAUCUUAAAUGGAGCAUAACAAAUAGCCACUACUCCAUCAUCCUUCCAUUCUCUUAUUUUCAGAAGUAAUUCUUUUAAUUUGUGAUUUUUACGCGAUAGUAACAGAAAAAUAGAUUUUUUUUUGGGUGUUGUAAUAAAGAACAUAAUCUACAAAUAAACAGGAAUUUUGUUUUUCC